AUAAAAGAGCCCCGGACAGAAACCACGUCGUCAACUUGCCGGCCCCACCUCCUCCUUCGCGUCUCUGUCACCAACCUACGACCGCAGCGGAUCGCACGCGGCGGCCUAGCCGGCGAAAAUCAAGCGACACCCAAUCAACUCGCAACACGGAAAUCCAAACGAAUAGAUUAUGAUAAGGUGGUCUAUUGUCAUUGGACCUGUUAAAUCUUUCCUCACAGCCAUGUUUCUUUUGACGCUGCUAAAAAUCAAUGUCUGUGCUUGACCAGAAAAGCGGAGAUCAUUUCCCUUUUCCGAUGCGCCAUGUUUUGGCCACACGCCCUUAAAGGAAUGGUGCAGAAUUUCAAUGAGAGAGAGAGAGAGAGAGAGAGAGAGAGGAGAGAUUGGAAGCAAUGAAUGGUGAAGUAAGAGGCCAGCAUGUCAACUUUAGUUGCCAUCCAUCCGAUAGUGCGUAAAUUACUAAAAUGGAGAAGAAAAUGGUGGGACGGGCAAGUAAUUUCCGAUGAGUGUACUGCAAUGGAAAAAUUGUACUGCUUGCAGUACAUUCAACAAAAGGGUUUUUGUGAAGUCCACUUUUGGUAAUGUUUUGAGCUUCUUUAAUUUUCUUCGCUGGUACAUAUAAAUUUAGAUGGUGCUAUGGUGGUGUCGUGUACUGCUGGUGGAGCGGUGAAUUUGUAGGAAAACAGGGAGAGAGAGAGAGAGAGAGAGAGAGAGAGAGAGAGAGUGAGAAACCCACUUUUUGGGAAUCAUGGGAUUUUGAUUUUUUGGGUUUUAGGUUAACUAGUGUGGGUUUUGAUCCCAAGGGCUUGGAUGUGAGAGACCCAUUUCGCUUUUGGUCUGUAAGUGCGAACAAAGAUGAAGGGACCCAUAUGAUGAUUUCAUGAUUUCGAUCCACUUUGGAGGUUAAAUACCGGAGGUUCUGAGCUAGCUUGGAGACUUGGUUCAGGCUUGAGAGGUUCUGAGCUUCCUCUGCUGAAGAGUGAAGUUUAGUAGUUCAGCAUUGUGUUGACUAAUUGGAAGACAAUGAGGAAUGCAAACAUGGAGGUGAUUGAGAGGGAGGACGUGGAACAGCUUUCAAAUGGGACACAAAAUGGAGCAGAUGACUUUAGGAGGAUAGAGCCAUGGACUAAACAGAUCACAAUUCGAGGAUUGGUGGCCAGCAUAGUAAUCGGGAUCAUAUAUAGCAUAAUAGUUAUGAAGCUCAAUCUCACCACUGGGCUUGUGCCAAAUCUCAAUGUGUCGGCAGCUCUGCUUGCUUUUGUGUUCCUGCGAACAUGGACUAAACUGCUUCACAGGGCUGGAAUUGUUUCGGCUCCUUUCACCCGGCAGGAGAACACUAUAAUUCAGACUUGCGCAGUUGCUUGUUAUAGCAUUGCUGUUGGAGGUGGGUUUGGAUCCUAUCUAUUGGGUUUGAACAAGAGAACGUAUGAGCAAGCAGGUGUUGAUACAGAAGGGAAUACUCUGGGUAGCUAUAAGGAACCUGGGGUGGGUUGGAUGACUGGCUUCCUUUUCGUUAGUAGCUUUGUUGGGCUGUUGGCAUUAGUUCCUUUAAGGAAGAUUAUGAUUAUAGACUACAGAUUAACUUAUCCAAGUGGAACUGCAACUGCUGUUCUUAUCAAUGGUUUCCAUACUCCUAAAGGAGACGAGAUGGCCAAGAAGCAGGUCCAUGGGUUUGUGAGAUUUUUCUCUGUCAGUUUCCUUUGGGCAUUCUUUCAAUGGUUCUAUUCUGGUGGAGAUAAAUGUGGAUUUGUUCAAUUUCCUACUUUUGGGCUGAAAGCUUGGAAACAAUCAUUUUACUUUGAUUUUAGUAUGACUUAUGUUGGAGCGGGAAUGAUCUGUUCCCAUCUUGUGAACUUGUCCUUGCUGCUCGGUGCUGUGCUCUCUUGGGGUAUCAUGUGGCCACUUAUAGGUCAGCUUAAAGGAGAUUGGUUCCCUGCAACUUUACCAGAAAGUAGUAUGAAGAGUUUAAAUGGUUACAAGGUUUUUGUUUCAAUUGCUCUCAUCCUAGGAGACGGGCUUUACAAUUUUCUCAAGAUACUUUAUUUCACUAGCAGAAACUUGUCUGCCGGAUUGAACAAGAAACCCAAUAGAAUUUCAGAUGCCCAGAAUGAGCCCAUUGAUGAUCUUAAAAGAAAUGAAGUGUUCAUAAGAGAGGGCAUUCCCUUAUGGGUUGCUUGCACAGGAUAUAUUUGCUUUGCCAUCAUCUCCGCCAUCGUGAUCCCACUUAUGUUCCCUGAGCUCAAAUGGUACUACAUCAUAGCUGCCUACAUUAUUGCUCCCUCUCUCAGCUUCUGCAAUGCCUAUGGUGCUGGUCUAACUGACAUGAACAUGGCCUAUAACUAUGGAAAAGUGGCUCUUUUUCUCCUCUCUGCUUUGGCCGGGAAAGACUCUGGGGUAGUCGCAGGACUAGUGGGCUGUGGCCUGAUAAAAUCAAUUGUUUCAAUCUCCUCUGACUUGAUGCAUGACUUCAAAACAGGUCAUCUCACCCUUACCUCUCCUCGCUCAAUGCUUCUAGGGCAGGCCAUUGGAACGGCCAUUGGCUGCGUGGUAGCUCCCAUCACAUUUUUCCUCUUCUAUAAGGCUUUCGACGUGGGCAACCCAAAUGGAGAGUAUAAAGCUCCUUAUGCCAUAAUAUACCGAAACAUGGCAAUUCUUGGGGUUGAGGGCUUCUCUGCACUUCCCCACCACUGCCUGCAGCUGUGUUAUGGGUUUUUUGCCUUUGCCAUUGCAGCAAACUUGGUGAGAGACGUCUCACCAAAGAAGAUUGGGAAAUGGGUUCCUCUCCCUAUGGCCAUGGCUGUGCCUUUCCUGGUUGGGGCUUACUUUGCUAUUGAUAUGUGUGUGGGAAGUUUGAUAGUGUUUGUGUGGCACAAGCUCAACAGCGCGAAGGCAGGUUUGAUGGUUCCUGCAGUGGCAUCCGGGUUGAUCUGCGGAGACGGGUUGUGGGUUCUUCCUUCUUCUAUCCUUGCUUUGGCAAAGAUUAAUCCGCCUAUCUGCAUGAACUUCUUGGCGGCUUAGACUAUUCUCUAAUGAAUCAAAGAGAUAAAAACAGAAACAGGAAGAAUUGCCAUUGAAGCAGAAUAAUAAACCAAAUGCCAGGUUUUAAACUGAUAUGCUGUAUCAGGAAAUGUAUACAAGUGAAGAGAAGUUUGCUCCUCUUUUUAAAUUAUUUUUUUCCCCCUAGCAAUAGUAAUAUAGGUUCUUCUGAUGUAGAAUGAGUUUCCAUGUGAGAUCAAGAGGCAGUAGGGGAUAGCUCAUGCAUUGUGCUUUAAUAGAAAUUAUAUUUGUGGAUUGUGUGUA